AUGGCUGUGGCUCCUCCCAGGCAGCUAAGUAAAACAUUCCAGCCCACCUCUGGGACUCUGCUGGUUCCCUCACACUCUCUGACAUCCAGUCAGGUUUUCACUGUAGCCCAAAGGUUCCUGAGCUGCAGCAAAAUGAGAGGAUUCGUACUGUUGCUUGCUUUGGUUUACUCUGCUGCUGCUCAGCACCAAGCUCUUAUUGACUACUUGGAACGGAGGCUUCUUGCAAUUGAGGACAGGAUCUCUCUGUGGCAAGAGCAGACCACACGCUAUGCGUCCGAGCUGCGGGAGCUGAAGCAGCAGAUGGUUUCUCAGCUGGAGAGUCUUGACAAAGAGAAAGAAACCCUCAGGACGACUCUGGACGGAGUGGGGACGAGGGUGGACCGGGUCGAACGGGAACUGGACUACCUGGAGACGCAGAACGGGGCCCAGCCGUGCGUGGACGUGGACGACAAGCUGAUAGAGCAGCAGGUGACUCUGGUUAAGGAGAAGCAGAAGGCGAAAUACUUCAAACUCACAGACUGCAGUGAUAUGAUCUCCAGCAUUAAAGCCAUGAAGAUCCUGAAGAGGGUCGGAGGGCCCAAGGGAAUGUGGACCAAAGACACAGGUGGAGCAUCUGGGAAGGUCUACAUCUUCAACGGGACGGCUGAGGACACCAUCAACGAGUUUGCCACGGUUCAAGACUUCACUCGCUCUGCGGGCUUUUCUCUGUCCACCGACGUGAAGAUUCCCUCAACCUGGAAGGGAACCGGACAUGUGGUCUACAACAACCACGUGUAUUACGUAAAUCAGGAAGAGGAGAUAAGGGUGGUCAAAUUCGACACUAAAAAUAAGUCCAUCACAGACAGCGUGGUCUUUCCAGUACAGGAUCAUGUUCCUGUGUACGGCCUGAACCCUGAGACGGUGAUGGACCUGGCCGUGGACGAGGAGGGCCUGUGGGCCAUCUACGCCACGAGGCAAAACGAGAGGCACAUCUCUAUGGCUAAGAUGGACAGCAACUCCCUGGACGUCGAGCAGAUGUGGGACACGAACUGCCCAAGAGAGAACGCAGAGACAGCCUUCAUCAUCUGCGGCACCCUGUAUGUGGUGUAUAACACCAAGCAGCCUGGCCGCUCACGAGUGCAGUGCGUGUUUGACGUGAAUGACCUGGUGACUAACGAGGAGGCGCCCCUAGUUUACUUUCCAAAGCGCUACGGCUUCCAUGCCAGCCUGAAGUACAAUCCUCAGGAGCAGCUGCUCUACGCCUGGGAUGAUGGCUACCAAAUCCUCUACAAGCUUUCCAUGAAGAAGAAGCUGGAAAUCUGAGCCGAGUGAAGUAGCCCAGUGCCUUCGAAAGGGUUCAUGCGAGUCAUAUCUGACCAAAGAUCGUUGAUUAGGUCAAAUAUUUGCAGCGUCUGUUUGCGUUUUCAGGUUAUCUGAAGUGAAUUUUGUAAUCUGUAAAAUUCUGCAUAUUAUUGUCAUUAAUGUUACUUGUUAUGUUUUCAGGCUCUGACAAAUCUUUGACUGAGAUGCAAAACACAACUCAAGCUUUGCUGAGCUUUCACAAUAAACACUUCCCACAUUAUGUGCAUUGCUAUCAUUUUGUAUGCAUUAGUAUGUAAAUGCAGAUAAUUUGGAAAUUUCUAACUAAACUCUUCUUGCAAUUUAUUUUUAGAAAAAGAGCCAGUUUGUGGCUAAAUGUGACGCGCUGUUAGCGUGUCACAUUUAGAUGAUUAUUAAACCAAUUCUCAGUAGUUUUAACCCAUAAUUUAAAAAUGUGCAAUACUCAUCACCAACUUCAAUACAUCUUUCCUAAAUAUGAUUCCCAAAGUGAUCAAAUUAAUUUUUUAUUCAUAACUUUAUUAAAGUAAUACAAACCACAGGCUGUUAGCAGACAGUUUUCUUUAAUUGCAAAGAAAACAUGUAGCUUUAGCUCCAUCAGCCCUUAAUUAUUAGCAAUUUUCUGGUUGUCGAUUAAUUCAAUUGAAUGUUGUGUCUUGAUUAUAAGAUCCUCAGAUGUGUUGCUAUUUAGUUAAUGUCAGAAUAUUUGUGAGGACAUGCUAGCAGGCUAGCACUGGUUCAGAAACAUGUAAACCACCCUCUUAAAACUCUUGUUAUUUUGGAUGUAAAAGCAUGAGGCCCUAAUAAAUCAACAGUUUUUUGCUAAAAAAAAGCUGAAAGGUGCAGAAAGCUAUUUGCAUACACAUGCACACUUUGAUACAGUGUUGAACACCUUUUUUGAUUUAACUGUCUUCUAAUUUUUAUGCACCGUCCUCACUGAGACAUAUUUGACCUCUGUAAUCUCUCCAAAUCCAUCAGAUUGUGAAGACAGUCGUCUCCAGGUAAACGUUCAGGUUUUCUGUCAGAUAUUACUGGGAACUCUUUCAUGGCUACUUCACAUCGUGGAUUUUCCUCUUCUGAAUGCAUCAUGUUGUUUCAAACCAUCUUCACUUUCAGUUUUCCAGCAGACUUAUGAAGGUUUGGGUCAAAAGUGGCUGGUACUCAGGACUGUCCACAACUUUAUCCCACUUCACAAAAGCAUCAUUUCCUCUGAAAAAUAAAAGUAACCCCCUUAGCAUGAUGCAGCCACACCCAUGUUUCACUAUAAGUAUAAUGUUUUUUUCAAUGAUGUGCAGCGUUUCUGUUCUGCUUUACUAAAACACAUGACCUGGAUGUUUUUGUUGAUGUCUUCUUAACUUUUCAUCAAUUUUGAAAUUCCCAUGUCUUUAAUCAUGUGACAUGAUGUACAUAGUUUUUUAAUUCUGUUCUCAAGGUGAAUACCCUUAUGCUUAUGCUAUACAUUGUUUUAAUCCUUCGUAAUCUUUCUGCAUGAUAUUUAAUUAGCUUAAAGAUGUAAUUGUCAGAAAAUACUUACCACAGCUGGGACUGUGUUCAUGUUUGAUCAGAUUUACUAUAUUUUAUAAUAUGGUAAAUCUAGUAUAGAUAGUUUAACAGAGUGUUAGUUUAACAAUCUGCACACUUAUGGAACCGAGCAAUGUUGAUUUCUAAUAUGUUCCUCCUGACAGACUUUAUUGUUUUUCAGAUAAGUAUCCAGGAUAAAUAUAUCAUAUUUGGAUAAGGAAUUCAAUUUAUUUACUAAUGUCUAAAUUUGAAUAAAAUUAUAAACAUUUUUA